CCCCUAUCCUCGUCCCUUCCCUCUAUGGGAUGCGAGUUGCGACCAAGUCAAUGCAAAGGUCGAGGACAUGAGGUCGACUGUACGUGAGGUGAAGGAUGAACAUCCACAUCCUUGGCGUCGGCUCCGUCGGCUCGUUGUUUGCGUUUCAUCUCAAGCGCGCUCUAAACAGCAGCCCCUCCCUACCUGCAGCAGCACCUGCGCAUAUCUGCUUACACCUUAGCGAAAAGCAACGGAAAGCACGGUGCGACCGCAGUGAACCUCUGUCGAUCAAGGUCGAGCGCGAUGGUGCAGUUGACCACCAAGAUGGCUUUGAGAUCGCCCGCAGCGACUCUCCCAUCGACAUCCUCGUUAUCGCUUUGAAAGCAGACAUCACCCUCUCAGCCAUGGAGCCUCUGGUACCGAGACUGUGUGCUCGCCCGACCCCAGGCACCCUGGUCCUACUGCAAAAUGGCGUUGGUCAAGAUGAAGCUAUUGUGAAGCGCUUCUUCGCGUCUGAUCCGGCGGCGAAGCCGUAUAUCAUCCUUGGCAGCAACACGCACGGCACGUGGCGCAAGGAGCACCUGAAAGUUGUACAUGCCGCCAAGGGCACCAUGCACUUUGGCCUCUCCCGUGUGCAGGACGACAGAAUCAGCUCGCAGGUUGAGCAACAUCUCCUCACUACCAUGGAAUACCCUCCCUGCCUACACUCCGCCGCUUCUACUACCAGUGCGGAUGACCCGUACAAAACCGUACAAAGUGCUAUCUGCAUGCUCUCCCUGCCCUACAUGUGCUCGUCAUUGGCAAUCUACCUAGAAGGCAGCAGGGACUUUGCCAUGCGCUCACUCCGCAAGCUCGUGGCAAACUGUGUUCUGAAUCCUUUAACGGCGUUGGAGGAAUGCAAGAAUGGCGAGUUGCUGGAGCGUGGGCACAUAAGAGACAAGGUGCCUGUUAUCGUGCGCGAGUGUGCCAAUGUCCUGCAAGCCCGAAUGCAGCAACAGGGACAGCAGGGGCAGGAACCGCUACAACAACUGUCCUACAGCGCGCUGCUGCAGCACGUGCGUGACGUGAUUGAGCUGACGGCACUCAACUGGAGCAGCAUGGUGCAAGAUAUUCACAGCGCCCGCGGCAGCACCGAAAUUGAUUUUCUCAACGGGACGAUUGCUCGCUGGGGGGAGCAGAUGGGCAUCGCCACGCCGUGCAACCGGGACUUGGUCCAGAGCAUCAAAGCGAAGGCUGACCGCCUGGCCAAUAGAUCGUCGUAGCCGGGGCGGGCGAUGAAUUAUGUCCCCAGAGGAUUGCGCAUCGCCCCUGAUCCCAGGACGUGAUGUGCAUGUGCUACAGUGGCUCUUGCUAUUUGAUGCAUUCCUGGGGCCUGCGUGACGCGACUGGUAGAUUCCCUUCUUCCCUCUCAUCAUCAGAGGAAGACAUCGAACAAUGAAUAUCUCGAAGAUGACUACAUACUGUUAAUUCGGUGCAACCUCCAGCGUGGCGGAUGAUCGGUCAAACCCCCUAGUGAGGAAGUCGCCAAUGUGGAGCUCCACGACACGCGCCUGAAAGCAUGUUUGGUGAUGUCCAUGUACUUUGUCCUUGUACUCGGAGACCUCUUUGUUGG